GGUCUGGUAGUAAUUAUUAAAUUAACCGUAACAACUAACAAACCAUCGCGGAUCCGUUAUCGCCGUUCACUCACCAGAAUUCGAUAACCGGCUGUUUCUUUCAAAACUCCGAUCACCGUAGAAGCUCACCGGAAAAUAUGGCUAAUGAAAUCAAUGAAGUAGAGACCUCACAACCGUUAGCUAAUAGUGCUACCACUAGUUCAUCAAACCCUACAUGCAACAACCUCAGAGUCCGGGCCAAACCCGACCCGAUACUCGCUACCUGCCGGUGUUUCAGCUUCGUUACUGUUGCCGCUUCGAUUCUGUGCAUUGUGGUUAAUGUCAUCUCAGCCGUCCGAUCUUUGACAAACGGAUUAGAUAUAUUUGAUGGAAUAUUCCGGUGUUACGCGGUGGCGAUUGCGGUGUUUGUGGUUGUUGCUGAGACUGAGUGGUCGUUCAUCAUCAAGUUCUGGAAGGUACUGGAGUAUUGGGCUGGCAGGGGCAUGCUGCAGAUUUUUGUUGCUGUUACUACAAGAGCUUAUCCUGGUAUGUAUCGGGAGCGCCAUGAGAUUCUUCUUCUUCGUGAUAUAGCCAGUUACACACUCCUUGCUUGUGGCCUGAUUUAUGUUGUUUCUGGAGUGUUGUGCCUUGGUUUCCUCAAGCGUGCUCGCCAACAAAAAGAAGUCUCAACACAGCAAGCGCUUAAAGAUUUGCAGGAACUUGAGCGCCGCCGGGCAGAACUUGAAGCACUGCUGAUCCUUGAUACCCCAUAAAUCCAUGAUGAUGAUACAAAUGUCAACCGGCACAAGUGCUCGACUACUAAUAUGUUACAACUAUAAUGAAGUAAAGUGAGUGAAACUUUCUUGUUUCCUUGAUUAUAAUUGCUAGGAAUAUGUUAAUUCUUUGAUUUCAUUUGUAUAAAAACUGAACUGAUCUGUUGGUUUUCAUUUUCUGAUAAUAGCAUUUUUUAUGCUAGAAA